CCUCGCUGCGUGUGCCACUCCCAUCGUAAAGCCACACAAAGAAAGAGAGGCAGUCAGAGCAGAGCAGAGCCGAGCCUUCGCCCUCGCCCUCGCCCCAGAGAGCGAACGCACACACACAGCCGCAAUGGCGCGCGCCGGCGCUCUCUGCCUCGCGCUGCUCUGCCUCCUCGCGGCGCACUCCGCCGUCGCCCAGAAGGCCACGGCCCCGGCCGCCGCGCCCACCACCACCACCCCCACGCCGGCGGCUCCCGCCAAGAAGACGACCGCGCCCGCCGCGGCGCCGACGGUCGAGGCUCCCGUCGCCGCUCCUCCUGCUCCCGUCGCCGAGGCACCCGCCACCAUCCCCACCAAGCCCGACGCCCCCGCGCCCGCCCCGGCCAAGAAGAAGAAGAAGUCGUCCUCCAAGAAGAAGAAGAGCAAGGCCCCGGCCCCCGCUCCCGUCGCCGCCGAGGCCCCCACCAAGUCCAAGAAGGCCAAGGCCCCCGCGGCCUCCGACGACUCCGAAGCCCCCGGCCCCGCACUCGAUGCCGCCGCCGACGACACCGCGGGCGCGAUCCAGAGCAUGGCAGGGAGCAUCAUGUCGGCGUGCGCGAUGGCGCUGGGCCUCCUCGCCCUCCUCGCCUAGACGAGCAAAGCCGGUGAGCGCGGGAGGCCAGCCGGCCCCGUCGAGACCCGGCACGAGAACACGCAAUCAUGCGGCGGCCGCUGCGCCGCGCCUUUUGACGAGCUGUCUGUGUCCGUGUCUGUGCAUGCCACCACAUUUUGCGCUGUAUCUCGUGUCUAUUUUUUCUAACUGGCUGGACGGGCCGGCAUCUCCUCCUCCUCCUUCCUGUGUAGUCCCAUUACUCACGCACGUCCGCCUCGGAUUCUUUCUUCCUGUGUACCAAAUUGAUGAGAUUUGAUUUAUAUUUUUAUUACUACCCCUCAUUGUAUUAUUCCAUCAUUGUUUAAUCAUAGAUCUGUCUCUUUCAUCA